UAUUUUAUUUCUGGUAUUAUAUUGGAAUAUUAACACUCCAAUCGAAAUAGGUAUGAAAAAUUAUCUAGUAGCACAGGUGCAAAUUAUGCUUAUUUGGGUUUAUCUUUAUUUACGUUCACUAUUGGAUUCAAUACUGCGUUGUAGGGUGUAGCCGUUCCGGCUAUCACGCCAGCCAUUUGAACAUUAACUACGACGCUGUUAGAAGCCUUCGUACGAUCCCUUAAGGUGGUUGGGUUGCGAUUUUGUCUGGAUGGCUAGAAACUUAUUUUGGAAAGAUCUGCGCAGACGAUAAAACCGUUGGGCUAAGUAUCUUUCCCCUAAGAGGAAAAAGUUUGUUUUAUCUGAUAGGGCCUAGUGUUAGUUCGGUUAAUUGACGGUAGCAAUUUAUCAUAUAUCAAUACAAUAUAUCAUCGUGAAAAUUAUGCUACGUGACAGAAUGUGUUCAAACUCUAUUGUGAAAAAGGCUAUUAGGUUAAGGCUAGCCGCUGUUCGACGUAUUCUCUAUCAUAUACAUAUAUAUAGAAUUCGUCUUACCUCUAAGCAAGUGAAAUAAAACGUGUUUAAUAGCAAAAUAAGUGUAAAACGAAGCUUACUGGUGGCGGUCUACUAUAUACCUAAGUAGAUCCUAAAGCUAAGUAGAUUGAAAUAAGUCCUUAUGAUACUGCAAUGCCAGAUGAAUGUGUGCGUAAGCACCUGCAAUGAUUACUAGAAUGUUUAUAGUGCCAGCUGUGCAAACAAUAAUAUAGACCUAAAGCUUUGCUUUGACGUAAGCCAGCCUUCACAGUAGAAUGGCACGAGAAAGUGUGGAAAAAUUAUUGAUCACAUUCGAAAUAACAGAACUCGGCAUACUGCAUACGCUAAAUACGUGCACCGAACUUUAACAGGUACCGCUUUUGCUAAAUAUCACGAAAUUAAUAUCAGUAUAACUCUGUUUCUGAUUGCUACUAUUUAUCACUCUUUUGGCUAUACCAUAUAGUUUAUUGCAUAUAAAGGCGCGACUUUAUAGAGAAAAAGAAGGGCAUCAUAAACUGCGGUCGUCACACACAAGCACAGACAAUUGCCUUCAGUGAACAAGCUGCUCCUUUUACGUGUGCACUUCGCUAAGUUGUCGUGUGGAUCUAGCUAAAUAGCUGAAUCCUCCUAUACGAGGUGUGGCGGUGUGUCUGUUAUUUGAGAGAACGAGUGUAUGAUGACUCAUAAUAGCGGCCGCAAAAAUGACAUACAAACGGUCAGCCCCACCGACUGACCAAUGAAUCUUACGCUGUAUGGUAAAGCUAGCUGCAGCAAUUAUCGAUGAUUUUAUCACUACCGCAGUCACGGUGUCUGACCGAGUGCAGAAUGUCAAUAUAUAUAUAGAUGUCAUGCGACACGUUCUUACCCGUUGUUUGUCUGCUUGGAUGGAUUGCUUCUACAACGACUCUUAUAUAUCUUAAUAAUAGCAGCUGAUUCCUCCUCCGUUAGACAUGUAUACUUCUGGUCGAUUGUCAGCCUGUUGGUCACAACAAACAAAACAGGCGCUCUCUUUUUCAACGUUCACGCGUUUCGGCUAACGGCCUUAUACAGCGCGUAAUUUGUCAUGAUGGCCGAUGACGUUGUAUUCCGCCUCCGGUAAGGGACGACUUGAAGCAAUGAUGAAGGAUAGUCUUGCCCUCGAUCGCUUCAGGAAGAUCACGUUUCUACCUAUCACGUAUAUAUUGUGGCUUGCGGCAACACGAUCCUGUAUUUCUAAUGUAUCUAAAACGAAGAAAUUGUCGGUUGCCGUUCUGAAGUCGGAGAAAAAUCGGGAGGUUAAGGAUAUUCCGAAGUGCCAUCGGAAAAUAGUGAAUAAGUUGUUAGAGUCCUCUUUGCUGAAUAAAAACGUUGACUGAUGGGAGGGAUGAUGCCUAGCUAAAGAAGUAGAGGCAAAAAAGUUAAAUCCAGUAAGAAAACCGAGACUAUUUGAUGUGUUCGUCGGACAGGCCUCACAAUAGACGACGCUCCGUGGCAGGUGGAGUAUGCAAGAGCAGACUCAUCAGCUGAAGAUGGAAGUACUCCCGCAAGGCGGCGACUCGGCCGCGGGCGGUCAGAGGACGAGUCUUGGCCAAACGGGGCCUCCUGGAGGACCCGGAGGACCCACGGCGACAUCCACCGCCACCCGUGUCAGUCAGCAAGCCGCCACGCCUCAACAACCGACUGUGCUGUUCACAGCGCCACAGCAGAUACUUCCACAUUCGCCCCCACAUCAACAAUUGGGUUUAAUUAGCGUUUCACAUCAUACUUCACAAUCACCGGGUUCAACCAACCCUGCGGCGGCAAGAUUUCGAAAAAACGGACUAGUCAUACAGCAUCAACAACCGCCACCGCCACCGCCACCGCUACAACAACAACAACAACAACAGCAACAACAACAACAACAACAACAGGGCGGCACGCAGACGCUGGCUCUGCAGCAGGCCAACGGUAACGUGUCUAUCUUGCACGUCCAACUCCCGCAGAGCCAGAGCGUAAUCCAACCAGCGAGUCAUGCGGGACAGGUGUCGCAGGCAGCCACGUCCGUCAUUCAGGCUACAUCAGCAACCGGCACAACUAUUCAAAACCUGAAAAAUCCGGUGAUUUUGGUGAAUAAGGGUUCAGUGAUCCAGUCAGCUGCUGGCGGGCAGCAGUUAGCGGAAGAUGUCCCAGUACAAUUAGUCGGGGGAGUGAAUGUCCUAGAUGGCGGACCCGGGGGCACAGCUGGAGGGGGUCAACUUGCAGAAGACGAAGGUACGCGAAAACGACGUGAGGUCCUUGCCAGAAGGCCGUCAUAUCGGAAAAUUUUCAACGAGCUUUCAAUGCCUCAACACCACGAUAGCGCGGGCUUGACUACCACAAUACAGCAGGUGGUAGCUGGGUCAUCCUCAUCAGAUAAAGAUGACACGGCAUCGGACAGUGACUUCCAGGUGAAACCUGCAAGCAUCCAUUUGCAGACCGCGAGUGAAUUCGCACCCGGAAGCGGGGGAGCCCAGUAUGUGCAGUACUCCAACGAUACCCAGCUCUUUGUUCCGGUAACAGUAUCCGGUGUGGCUGUGUCUGACCUACAGACGUAUCAGUUGCGGCCCGCUCAGGUGGCGACUGCGGCGCCCGUCGUUGUAGCCGCUGGGGGCGUUGGCGUCGGUUCAAUGGGGCUACAAACGACUGCUGGUGGCACACAGCCUGUAACGAUUGCGGAGGAGGCUGCUCGGAAACGAGAGCUACGCCUACUAAAAAAUCGCGAGGCAGCGAAAGAAUGCCGGCGCAAAAAGAAGGACUACAUCAAGUGUCUCGAAAACCGAGUGGCCGUACUGGAGAACCAGAACGCCACCCUCAUCGAGGAGCUCAAGGCGCUCAAGGAUCUCUAUUGUAAAAAGAGCGUUAAUGAUAUGUAGUCUACACACGCACCCUUUACAUGACCACACACACACACACACACACACACGCACAUACACUCACAUAUACAAAAAUCAACAUGCGAAUAUAUAUAUAUAUACAAACAUUCAAGUAUAAAAACACGUGUUAUGCAGGC